AUGACGCAGAUAACUACACCAAGAGAUGACGGUGCUGACCCAUUCGUUACACAUACGAACCUCUCCGCGAAUGCGUUACCUUUUUGUCCCAAAGUAUUACCGAAACUUCCGCUUAUAAGCUCUUCCUUUCCGAUUCCAGGUACAACUCAACAUGUUGAACAAAUAAUCGGAGAAAAUGAGAAUGUCGAAGAUUUUGGGUGUUUUUCAACGAGCUCUUCAGUAACCAGGAAUAUCAAAAGUUUUGGCAGUGAUAAAUAUGAUGCGGCAUUACAUGUUGAAAAGGCUCUCACAAAAGCCCGAUCUUAUUUUAAAGGUACUCACUGCGUAAUAAAUAUUCAUCCUGACUCCUGGUUACGUUUUUCUAAUAUAAGAGAUGCUAUUAAAAUUCAUGAGAUACUUCGUCAGGAGUCGCCUGAAGUACCUUCGCAGUAUAUUUCCUAUGCUGACUGGAUGAAGGUCGCCUCGCCUAGCAAAAAAUCAAAGUCAUCUGAGCAUGAAGGCCAAGUAGUUAUAAAGAUAAACUAUCCGCUUGGUUUUGACUAUAAGCAAAUUGAAAAAGAAGUCCGUAUUCUUUUGGAAAGAGAUGGUCGAAAACUUUAUGCUUCUCAAAAAAUGCCAGCGACCGCAGCUGGUAUUUAUCACCUUAUAGCUGAAUUUGAAGAUUCAUCAGUUACUCAAGAUGUUGUUCGCAGGAUAAAUCGCCGGGUGAUUGCGGAAAGCGCUAUAAUAAAUAUCAGCCUUCAUGAGCCGGACCUUGCCCAUGAACAGAUACUGGAUAAACAGUGCUUGACACCCAAUCGAGAACAAGGUUUGGAGACACCUCCAAGUGCAGACGAUAUUGUACAAACUAUGAGUCUAGAUCGAGUAUCAUAUCCACAGCAUGGUACUUACACUCCUACUUACAAUUCUCCUUAUUCUCAUGUAACUUUCAAUUCUGGGUACAUGUUUGCACCAAGUAACCUUCCGCUUAUCUCACCGACUCCUACGCCUUCUAAGCCUAAUAGUCGUGAUCUAUCUAUUUCUGUAAUGGAUAUGAAUAACCUGAAUACCUUGUUGACACCAAGUCGCUCCUUAUCUUCGCCGAGCCGUAACUUCCCCGAUACUAAGCAGCUAAUUCCAUACACACCACAGUCAAACGAUCGAAGCUUGGCAAAUAGAUACAAGUACGAAUCUUCAACUGGUAGAUAUGGCUCGGGAGGGCGGCGAAAUAGUCUGAAGGCGACAAAUUGUUUAUCUGGCAAGGGACGACAGAGCAAUGGAACUCAUAAUAUGGUUGAUAUAAAUCGUAUUCGAGAAGGCGCCGAUGUUAGAACUACAAUAAUGUUGCGAAACAUUCCGAAUAAAAUUGAUCAGAGUACGUUGAAAUCGAUCUUAGAUGAGACAUCGCAUGGAAAGUACGACUUCGCCUACCUACGGAUUGAUUUUAGUAAUGAUUGUAAUGUUGGAUAUGCCUUUGUUAACUUCAUCGAUCCACUUCAUAUAAUAGAGUUUAUUAACGCCCGUGCGAAUCAAAAAUGGUAUCGCUUUAGAUCCCAGAAGGUUGCUGAAGUUUCUUAUGCAACUAUUCAAGGCCGAGAUUGCUUGAUCCAAAAGUUUAGAAAUAGUUGCGUAAUGUUAGAGCUUCCGAUUUUCCGUCCUAAGUUGUUUUAUACAUUUCAAGAUCCUCUCGGUCGGGCCGGCCAAGAAGAACCUUUUCCAGCGUCUGACAAUCCAUCAAAGCUAAGAAGAUCGUGUGAAAAUGCCGAGCACGUCGGCUUAUUUGCUCCGAAUGCUGGUGCACAAAUGCGCGAUGAGCAACGUCGACGUCGUUCUCAAUAUGAUAGGGGGACUAGCUUAGCUGAAAGAGAUUCGUUUGACGCUUAUUUAACCAGUCCGUGGAAUCUAGAUAUCUUUGAAAAAAAUCAUACCUACCAAACCCAACGUAAGUAA